AACAAUAAAAAAACUACAAUACCUCGCAAUACAAAUUUUAUUUUACUUGCGAUCUGCGUCUAAUUCUGUUAUUAUUUUAAGAUUUACAGUUACAACGUUUGUUUUGUUAUUUUUAGACGAGCAGCAUUGUUUGAAAUACUAAAAUGGAAGACUACGAAGCCGAAAAUGAAUUAAAAAGGAACAAGGACCGCAGUCCAUCUCCUGAUGUAAAAUCGACUGCUGUUGUCAAAUACACCGCUUUUCAAAGUCCAGUUGGGUAUGCUCGGCUGCAGUGCAACACUGACCUUAAUCUCCCUCCCUCCAACUGGGGAGGGAUAGAUACAUAUGGUUUGAAACAAAUUUUAACAAGGGGUACAGGCUUAUCAAGUUUCAGAAUGGCACACAUGUUUCCUGAUUGUGUAGGUGAAGUCGAUUUAAUAUCUGAUGCUGAGUGCAUCAAAAAAUUGCUAAAAUUACCUUAUCAACCAAAUGGAACUGUAAGCAUGAUGGUGCAUAGAGUACAGAACACACUGCUAUUGGACGACUUUGAUGUUUAUGACUACCUGAUGAAGUCAGAAUGGUCUUGGUUAAAGGAUUUCUUCUAUGAAAACAUAAUUAAAACUAUGUCUGAGAAGGAACGUAUGUCCCUAACUCCUGCAAGAAGUGCAAGUGCAUUACAACUGACGCACAAGUUCCUGUCACACAGUCUACUUGAAAGGCCUCAGCCGUUGCCUGCGCCUGUUCCAGACACACCUGAUUGGAUUUCUGGUCCGCACCUACCGGAACCAGACUCACGUACAGAAGAAUCCCCUGAGGACUCAUAUAACCGCAAUGUUCUUUGGACCUUUGAAGACAUUCAUAUGUUAAUAGGCAGCAAUCUCCCGAUAUUUGGCGAUAAGGAUCGACCAUGCGUUAGUUUGAGGCUGAGAGAUGCGCGGGAGCCCAUCAAUGUGUUAACAGGAAUUGACUACUGGUUAGACAAUUUAAUGUGCAAUGUCCCAGAAGUCUUAAUGUGUUAUCAUUUAGACGGCAUUGUACAGAAGUAUGAGCCAAUGAAAACCGAAGAUCUGCCUAAUAUGGAAAACUCUAAGUUUUCACCAAAAGUUAUAAGGAAUGUCGCCCAGAAUAUUUUAUCCUUUUUGAAGUCCAAUGUCACCAAGUCUGGACAUACGUACUGGUUGUUUAAAGGUCCCCACGAUGACGUGGUAAAACUCUACGAUCUAACGUCCCUAUGUCCCGACAGUCUGGACAAUCCGUUUACGACCCCAGUCGCGAUGUUAUUGUACCGUGUCGCCCGUAACAUGAGAAUUAUGAAUCGGACGAGACAUGUCCGACAACUUUUGGAACAUGUAGUGCAAUUGUUGCAAGUGGAAAGAUAUCCGCAGAUUGUCGCUUCGUCCCACUAUAUGCUGUCCGAUUUGUAUGUACCGGCGACGACUAAUCCGGCUUGCCCGGAUUUUAAAGAUGAAAUUCUAGAGCCGGACGACGAUUCCGAUUUCGGAAACUCAGCUGAGUUUAAUGAUAACGUUGAUGGAAAUAGUGAGGGAGACACAGAGAAUGAAGAGAAAGAGGAGAAGAAAACUGAGGACAAUUUAGAGGCAAAGGGAGACAGUCUCGCGUUACAAGUGAGAGGUCUGACACUAAAGGAUACGGGGAACAAGAACACACAACAUAGUGGUAGUGGAAAAGAGAAAGAGUCGGCCAGUUCCGGUCUGGGCGUAGAAGUUCCGGAUAGAUGUGGCCGGGCAUUGUCACAUGCACUCAAAGGGUUAUCAGCCCUUCAUCAUCUUACUAUUGAUAAGGCCAAGGAAGAGGAACGCGAGCGUCUCAAAGAGCAAAUAAUCAACGAAGAGCAGCACCCAAAAAUGGCUAACCCAUUCGAGCCGAUCAAAAUGGACUAUCAGCCAAUGAACAAGAAAAAAGAACCAAAAGAACACGUAUCAAGAAGCAGACGCCGGAGACGCGAAAGAAAACAUUCAGAGAAAACUGGGAAUUACCUAAUCGAAGCCAAUUCGAAUGUUGAUAAAAACGCGAUUCUAAUACGCAAAGAGAACAACACAUAUCCAACAUGGCAUGAGCCGAAUAGGGAUGACAAUUUCGCCUGGAAACUUCAUUUGAAGACGUUGUUGUAUGAGAAAAUAUGUCUCGCAUACGCAACCCUAGCGGAAUAUAGUUACGCCCACGAACAAUAUGGGUUCUCUUUGAAAUACAUAGAACUUGCCAGCAAAUGUCAGAAAUUGUUGGGCAGUAUGAUAAUCAAAAGUCGAGUCGUGGAUGCGUCAUGUCUUAUUGGAAGGAUUGGGGAUAAUUUCUUUCAGCUCAGCAAACAUUGGUCCAAUCUGGAACAGUAUCAGAAGCAGUUCGAGAUGGAUCACGAUAUCGAUAAGAAAAUUCGACAUGAGAUUGAGAGUGAUUUGGUUGAUGAGACUGAUGUUGUGUGUAACGAUUUCGAUUUGGAUAUAUCCCUACCAUUAAGCGAUCUAGAAGCAAUGAAGUCGUCGUGCGCGUACUACCGAAGGGCGAGUGACGCGGUGCCGGGUGGCGCGCACAAGCGAGACGAAUUGCAACGACGCCUGGCCUCAGUUUGCAACGAACUCGCAGUCAGAUAUAUGAACGAUGGACAACAAAUCUACAUGAAAUAUGCAGAAGAAGUUGGCGAAAACUCAUCAUUUCCAAAAGACAUUCGUGACCAGUUAAAAUCCCUUUCGCAUAUGUCUGCGGAGUGCUUAGACGAGGCCACGGCCAUAUUCGAAUCGGUGAAGGACGUUCCGAAUUUGGCACUUUUGUACUGUAAUAAGGCGAGAUACAUGAGAUUCAAGGCGCAUUGUGAUAGAGACGGGACUACAUCUGAAAAACGUAGCCUAUACAGUAAAGCCGAAGACCUGUACAUGGAUGCCCUGAAGAUGUUAGGUCCUCGUGAGAAUUGUGGAGCAUCAGCGGUUUGGGAUCUGGUAUCUUGGGAACUCUCGUGUCAUCUCUAUACUAAGGCUGUAUCGAUGCAGGACUUUCCGGACUUGUAUGGAUGUGAAGUGAUGGAAGUAGCCGAAGCAUUCAAACACGCGCUCAAGUAUUGUCUUCUAAGCCCUGGUCCAAGGCAGUAUCUUUACCAGUUUAGAGCCGCCAUGAUUUAUCACCGGUUGGGAUCGUUGUACCACUCACAAUUCAGAUUAACGACAGAGGACGGACCCAAACGGCGUACGUUAUUGAAUGCAACUUGCACGAGUUACCAAGAGGCAUCUGUUCGUUUCGCGGCGCUGGAGGACAUCUUUAUGUUCCUCGCAGUGAGGUUGGAACACGUGGCUGCUAUGGAAGGGCACGCACAAAUAUCUCCAAACGUCAAACUAAAGUCCUACCAAACUGCUUUAGAACUCUUACAACAGUCGUACUCCGUCUUGUGGCUAUUAAAAAAUCGCGAUCCCGAUGAAAAAGACACAAGAACUGAGGAGUGUGAUGAGAAAUCGCUCAAAAAUGAACAUGGCCUGGUCUCAUUAUUCGAAAACAGACUACAUCACAUAUUAAAGAAUAUUAUUCAGUAUUGUCGAUCGAAGACUAACAAAGACUAUGAAAAAAUGACAGAUAUGUACAAGAAAUUGUAUUGUGCUAGUUUGAAAAUUGUUAAAAAUGACGAUAUGAGAUUGUACGCGGCGAGUAUUUGUGGUGUUUUAAAUAUUAUGGAUGAUAUUGCUAGGGAAUAUGCGUAAAUUAACUGCAAAAAUAUUUCUAGCCAAAACGCAUCUGUACGGUCGUAGCAAUGUCAAAUUUUAUUCUCCUGUUACGAACCAAUAACUAACCUUUAAUGCGUAUAAAGACAUUGAAAUCUGUAGUAAUGAUUAUGAGAGGUAGCAAGAGUUUUACAAUAGUUGUGUCAUUUAUUCGUAUAAUUUCAAUAUUUGCAGCUAGCAAUUUUACAUAAAUACAAUGUGUUGCCACCCUUAUUCAUCAACGUUAAUCCUUUCUUUCGCCCUUUUCUGUCAACUGGUGUCUACGCUUUGAUAAAAAGAGACAAACGAUUAGUUUUAGGUACAUAAACCCCUUUACCUACAGUGUUUGUUCGUGCUUUCACUGUUGCAUUUACUUAAUUUUAAAUUCGUGAUAGAAGGAGCAUGCUCAACUCACUAUAAAAAUGUUUUUUUUAUUAAUAUCGUUUCUACUGUGUCUCUAAAACUUCUUAUUAUUAUAUAAUUAUAUCUAAAGUCUUAUUUAUAAUGUGGUCUCUUGUUCGUUCUAGUUAUGUAUUAUAGUAUGGUUUCCAUUGUUUAUAUAUGAAAUCAGUAUCGCAUCUAUGUUUACAAAAGUAAUAUUAAUCCUUUUUUAUUUAUUUUAAAACAAAUCAUAUAUAAAAGAUUUCUCGUUUAUAGACAUAAAAGACUUUCGUAGAAAUGACAACCUUUUUGAAGUGGGUGGGUGGAAAUUUACAUUUACGAUUUCGAAAAACAGUUAUUUUGACAGUCGUAAGAGGACAUAACUGAACUUAAGUUUUUGACGGGUAGUCAAAUUCAAGAUUUAGCGCUAAGUAUGACUAUAUCAAAAAUGUCUUGAAUUUGACAUAUCCCUGCAUCUUACUCUAAAACCAACACAUGGACACUAUAUGUUUGUAUUGUAUUAAGGCGGUGUUUUUUGUUGUUAGUCAAUGCUCGACUGUAUAAUAAAUAAUUAUAUAGUAAAAUAAAUUAAAAAAAAACAGGUAUUUCGGUGUGUUGUGUUUACAUGGAAGUAAAGAAUCGGUUUUAUAAGUAAUCAAAUUUCAUUAUUUAGAUUAAGUCGAUUACUUUACCAUAUAUUUUAAGGCUAUAAAGGCUACCAUGACGUUUCUUAAAUCAGUCGUUUGAUAAACGGGCAUUAAAUAUCGUAUUUGAGUUGCACCGUCCUUUACAUGUAAUUAGUGGGUGUUAGAACUUUUCAUUGGAUGACUUUUAAGAACAGCUCUUAGUAGUUAUUAUCAUCUUUUUUAGUGUAUAAAACUAACCAAGGAGGCAAUCGUCCCCGUAUCUUGUAUAUACAUAAGAUAUGGGGACGCAAUAAUCUGCAGUGUAUAAUGGUAUAAGUCAUAUUUAAACAUUAAGAAGUCUCGUAAUUGAUAAGAUUGGACUGAUUUGUUGUGUAAAUACAUUAUUAAAAUAUUUUCCUUA